AGACCCGUCUUGGUUCUUCAGAAUGACUCUCUCUACUCUCAGAGACGUCCUUACACCAGUGAAGAUGAGGCCUGGAAAACCUUUCUUGAAAAUCCCCUUACAGCAGCUACCAAAGCUAUGAUGAGCAUCAAUGGUGAUGAAGACAGCGCUGCUGCCCUCGGACUGCUCUAUGAUUACUACAAGGUUCCAAGGGAGAGGAGAUCUUCAACAGCUAAACCAGAGGUAGAACAUCCUGACCAAGACCAUAGCAAAAGGAACAGCAUCCCAAAUGUAACAGAACAAUCGCUCAUUUCUGCUGGAGAAAACAGAGUCCAGGUUCUGAAAAAUGUGCCUUUCAAUAUUGUCCUUCCACACACGCCCCAGAUGGGCAUGGACAAGAGAGGACACCUUACAACUCCGGACACAACGGUCACCGUUUCCAUUGCCACGAUGCCCACCCAUUCCAUCAAAACGGAGACGCAGCCCCACAGCUUCGCGGUGGGCAUCCCACCGAGUGUCUAUCACCCCGAGCCCCCAGAGCGAGUGGUGGUCUUUGACAGGAACCUCAAUCCUGACCAGUUUAGUUCCAACACCCAGCCUCAAAACUCCCAGAGGCGAACGCCAGAUUCCACCUUCUCAGAGACCUUCAAGGAGGGCGUGCAAGAGGUUUUCUUUCCUACUGAACUGAAUCUCCGGAUGGCCAACAUGAAUUCAGAAGAUUAUGUUUUUGACAGCAUUUCUGGGAAUAACUUUGAAUACACCCUGGAAGCCUCCAAGUCCCUCCGACAGAAGCCUGGGGACAGCACGAUGACUUACCUGAAUAAAGGCCAAUUUUACCCCAUCACGCUCAAAGAAGUCAGCAGCAGUGAAGGAAUCCAUCACCCCAUCAGUAAAGUCCGAAGUGUCAUUAUGGUCGUGUUUGCUGAAGACAAAACUAGGGAAGAUCAGCUCAGGCACUGGAAGUACUGGCACUCAAGACAGCACACUGCGAAGCAAAGAUGCAUUGACAUAGCUGACUACAAAGAGAGCUUCAACACCAUCAGUAACAUCGAGGAGAUUGCCUACAAUGCCAUAUCCUUCACUUGGGACAUCAACGAGGAAGCAAAGGUCUUCAUUUCUGUGAACUGCCUCAGCACGGAUUUCUCCUCUCAGAAAGGAGUUAAAGGCCUGCCCCUGAAUCUUCAGAUUGACACCUAUAGCUACAAUAACAGGAGUAACAAACCGGUCCACAGAGCCUACUGCCAGAUUAAAGUCUUCUGCGACAAGGGAGCAGAGAGGAAGAUCAGGGACGAAGAGCGAAAGCAAAGCAAAAGAAAAGUUUCUGAUGUCAAAGUGCCAAUGCUUCCCUCACAUAAACGUACGGACAUCACCAUCUUCAAGCCCUUCAUGGAUCUGGACACUCAGCCAGUCCUUUUCAUUCCCGACGUUCACUUUGCGAAUCUUCAGCGUGGUGCUCAUGUCCUUCCUGUCGCUUCAGAAGAGUUGGAGGGUGAAAGCUCCAACCUGAAGAGAGGAGCCUAUAUUGGUGAAGAGGACUUUAUUGCUACUCCGAAUAAAAUGGCCAGAAUAGAAGAGCCAAAAAGAGUGUUGCUGUAUGUCCGGAAAGAGUCGGAGGAGGUCUUUGAUGCACUUAUGUUAAAGACACCGUCUCUGAAAGGUCUAAUGGAAGCAAUAUCUGACAAGUAUGAUGUUCCUUUUGAUAAAAUUGGAAAAAUCUUCAAAAAAUGUAAAAAAGGAAUUCUGGUCAACAUGGACGAUAACAUUGUGAAACACUAUUCCAACGAAGACACCUUCCAGCUGCAGAUCGAAGAAGUUGGAGGAUCUUACAAGCUCACUCUCACUGAGAUUUAA